GCCCGGUUUGGUUUUGCCCCCUCCGGCCUGUGUCGUGCGCUCUUCGGGCCUCGUUGCGUCGGGAUGAGCUGCGCUCUUUCUCCAUGGAGACCAAGCGCCCUGACAUUCCCGGCAGCGUCUUGGACGACCUGUGCAGUCGAUUUAUUUUGCACAUCCCAAGUGAAGAACGAGACAAUGCAAUUCGAGUCUGUUUUCAGAUUGAGCUUGCCCAUUGGUUUUAUCUGGAUUUCUACAUGCAGAACACACCAGGAUUACCUCAGUGUGGGAUAAGAGAUUUUGCUAAAGCUGUUUUCAGCCAUUGCCCUUUUUUACUUCCUCAAGGCGAAGAUGUGCAGAAGGUUUUAGAUGAAUGGAAAGAGUACAAAAUGGGAGUGCCAACAUAUGGUGCAAUCAUUCUUGAUGAGACCCUUGAAAAUGUGCUACUAGUUCAGGGUUAUUUAGCAAAAUCUGGCUGGGGUUUUCCAAAAGGAAAAGUGAAUAAAGAGGAAGCUCCACAUGACUGUGCUGCCAGAGAGGUAUUUGAAGAAACCGGUUUUGAUAUAAAAGAUUUUAUUAAUAAAGAUGACUAUAUUGAAUUAAGAAUCAAUGAUCAGCUAGCACGAUUGUAUAUCAUCCCGAGCAUUCCAAAGGACACAAAAUUUAAUCCUAAAACAAGAAGAGAGAUUCGGAACAUUGAAUGGUUUUCAAUCGAUAAAUUGCCUUGCCAUAGAAAUGACAUGACACCAAAGUCAAAACUAGGUUUGGCACCUAACAAGUUUUUUAUGACCAUUCCCUUCAUCAGACCCUUAAGAGACUGGCUUUCUCGACGGUAUGGAGACUCUUCAGAUAGUGACAAUGGGUUCUCAUCCGCUAGUAGCAGUACUCCACCUAAAUCCAGUAUAGAAAAACAGAGAUCCAAACUCCAUUAUAGUCAGCAGGUGUUUACAGAUACACCCGUGGGAGAUCAAUCAGCAAGGCAGAGGCAAUUACAGCAACAAAAGCCAUAUAACAAUCAUUUGGAUACGCCUGAAGCUUUAAAACUAAAGAAUGCACGAGGCAAUGGCAAAAAGCAGUAUCAAGAAAUUCCUAAUCAAAAAAAGAGAACAAAUGGAGUUCAGAAUCAGCCAGCCAAACAGAACCAAACUUUGGUAAGAUGCACAAAGAAAUGUGAAAAGAAGUAUCCAAAGAAGCUUCAAGAUAAUUUUGAAACAGAAACAGCAUUUGAUUUGUGCUGUCUCAACGAAGACCAGCAACUAGAACGUGGACAAUCGGUGUCAUGCAAUGGUCAUUGCAAAUUCUCUUUCUCCUCCCGUGCUUUUCUGAGCUUCAAGUUUGACCAUGAUGCGAUCAUGAAAAAUUUUGAUCUCUGAAGCUUGGUUAUUUGCACAAGCUGGCUAGAGCCCUGGCACAGAGCAACUGAGGGUUUUUUAAAAAUCCAACUUUUACAUUUUCUCAGGUUUUAAAGCAAUGCAGGGACCUAGUGGUGGACUGGAAGGUUUUGUUCUCAUUAUAAUAUGGGAGUAGCACCAUAUAGUGUUGCACUUUAAAUGCAGUCUAGCUUUUACCUGCAAAAAUGCUUUCCAGUAUAUCAUUUAGUAGUUCCUAGCUAUGCAUUAGUGGGCAUUUUUAAUUCGUUUGUUGUCUGUCUAGAUUUUGGAGGAGUAUUUUACCCUUGCCCCAUGUUAAACUUUUACACAUUUAAAUUGCUCUGAUGUAUGAUAACGGUUUUAUUUGUGAUACUUUGUGGUACAGCUGCUGAAAACACAUACAGAUUUCCUGAAGAGAGCAAUAUUCUGUGCUGAGCAAGGAGCUAGGUAUUUUUUGAUUCAGAAUGUUGAAAAGCAACCUUUUGUUCUGAGAGAAUCGUUCUGCCUGGGAUCUUAUAUCAUUCAAAUCAAUUUAUUUUCCACAUCUUCAUUGUUGCAGUGUAUUGGAACUUUUUAAAAAUAUAAGCAUGAUUUAAAAUUGUAUUACUAGUGUGAUAUUUUAUCUUACUUUCUGUUCAGUAGUUCUGUUGUUUCAGCUCCAGUGAGAAGAUGGUGGUGAUAUUGGAAUGUGUCUAAUAUAACUUUUACUAUUCCCCAUGUGUGAAAUGUCUAAACUGUUUCCAACCAGAAUUACAGGUAUUUUGAAAAAUAAAAUGUAUGUUCAGGGAGAUAAUUGGAGCAGAUAGAAUAAAUUCGUUUUGGAAGUAGUACAAAGGAAAAAAACAUUAUAUGAAACCACGUAGCUUAUAGCUUCUGUGGGAUCCAAACUAAGAAAAAAAUACUCUAGCCCAGGGAUGUCAAAGUCAAGGCUCGGGGCCCAGAUGUGGCCCACGGGGUGCUUAGAUCUGGCCUGUGGGACCGCCCUGGAAAUAGUUUUCGCUGGUAGAGGGUUGCAGGAAGCUGUCACAGCAGAAAACAGCUCGGGAGUCCAUUUUUGCUGACAGAGUGAGCCACUACAGGUGGCUACAUCAAGCUGGCCACACCCACCCCGGCCCCCCAAGGUCAAACACAACCCUGAUGCAGCCCUCAAUGAAACUGAGUUUAACACCCCUGUUCUAGCCAAUCUCAAAGCCCUAUUAGUUAUGCUGCCUAUGGCAGACGCUUCAUGGAUGGUCUGAGGAGGCUUUCUAAUCUAUAGAGUUUAAAAUCUCCUCCUAAAAGUAGUAUGAGAGGGAAUUAACUAUACCAGCUUCAGAUUGGGAGACCAGACAACCUGAAUCAGGAAAAAGGAGCAUCAUUGAAUCUAUUUUAUCCAAAGCUGGUUCUUUCCCCCCUCAAAACACCAUAUGGUGAGACUGUGCCCAUUUACUGCCUAUAGAAACACCACCAGUUGAUUUAGAAGGGUUUCCACAGUAAUGGAAUUGUUGGCAAAAGAGCACCCCCACCCUAGGCUAAUCCCUUCCUUCAAAGAACCACAAGGGCUUUUGUUUGUACUGCUCACUAUGUUUCUAUCAUUUUACUUCAGUAUUUUGGCCUUAUCUUAAACUUAAAAUUGAGUUUGAUUUCAGAGUAGUACCUCAAAAAUGCUUUGUGCUACUUCAGUGAAAACAUGGAAUGGAAUAGCAACAAGCAAUAAAGCCUGAACUUGUAUCCCUAGCCCAAAAUGCACUGACGGAAUGUGUGUACAUACGGAUUGUAUAAAAACUGCUACUGAAUUUUUUUUCCUCAGUGCUCGAGUCCAGGGGUCUCCAACCUUGGCAACUGGAAGCCUGGCGAUUCCGGGAGUUGAAGUCUCCCGGAAUUCUGGGAGUUGAAGUCCGCCAGGCUUCAAGUUGCCAAGGUUGGAGACCACUGCUCUAGUCUUACAAUGACAGUUUGGAUUCAGAGUAUUCACUGAGGUUUCUGAAAUUUAACUAGAAUAGGCUUGAAAGUUAAGCAUAGCCUAUUUGCUUGCAAAAUUCCUGCAAUAUACAGCUUCCCUUGUUAAAGGAUCAUACAGUGAAAUCGAAAUAUAGCUAUCGUAUCGUAAGUCUCUUCUUCAUAACGGCAAAAUAGGUGCAGAUUAAUUCCCAAGUAAGUUCAGUUUUCUUUCUUGAUCAUUUUGCAAAUAAUUGAAUUACAGACUAACCUAGUAUGCCUGCUUACUGCAUCCAGCCUUUAUUUAUAACAUGAAAUUAAUUGGAUUUGCAUAUCGGUUAAAAGUAAGAUAGUUGAAAAACUGGUGACGAAGAUGCCAUAUUCUUUUGUUCAAUCUUCAUCUGUGAAAAUAAUUUUUUUGGUCAGUAUUUAAUGCAGGUUGACUCUUGUAAUAAAAGUGCCUAAUUUGCUAACUUCUCAAUCACUGAAAAUUGGAUUUUCAGGCUGCUAGUGCCAAUAUUCUUCUGAUGUGUACCUUGAUUUCCAGGAAUGUUACUGUUUUAUGCUGCUUCCUUUGUGUGGUGCCAUUAAUAAGGAACUUUGACACAGUUACAUGUAUUUUGAAUAUGAGAUGCUUAAGUGAAAUACUAGCAAUGUGAGAUUAAUUUUCCUAGGAAAAGUAACCUUUUUAGGGCACACAUUCUUUCCUUUUGAAUAUAGAAAAUAUUUUCUGUUUUACAGAUAAUAAUUUCUUAAGAAAAUCCAGUGUCUGACUACUACUUUAUUGAGGGCUUCCCAGGGACUCUAAGACUAAUUUUUGUUUAUUAACUUAGCCUUAAUACAGGUGGCAAAUUAACAUACAUGUGCAAUAAUUAUCACUUUUACCAGAUAUUGUACAUGGCUGUAUUCCUUAAUUUGGCCUUAUCAUGUCUUAAAGUAUGGAAAAUAAUAUUCCUGGGUACCCUGCACUGUGAACGUUUCAGAUUGUUUACCUCUUCAGUUAGUAAUUAUGUUUUCAUUUUUUGCAAAGAGCUUAAAUAUUAUACUCACAUAUUCUAAAAUACAGGCAUAUGGUUUUCUUGGGUUUCUAUAUAUCAGUGAAGAAAAGACAAUUCAUUGGCUGUAACUGAUUCUUGUUUCUCUAAUGGGGCAUUUUAAAGAAUGAAAAAUAAAUGAUCUGUGAAUGAAUCUGCUCAUCUCCAUUAAAAAAAAAUACUGUUUGACUGUUGGAUUUUGCACUGCUGUUUAGCAGAGGGCAUGGCAAUUUGCCUUACUUAAUUGAAUUAUUAAGUAUGUCCGCUUGAAUCUUUUAAGAUCAAGUUCAGUCUGCUAUAAAAACAUAGACUGUAAAAUCAUCUUUGGGGAGUGUUUCUAUGUGUAUUUUUAGUAAAGGUUUUGUUUUGUUCUUAACCUUUGUCUAUUCUGUUAGGGAUAUAUUUUGUGUAGCAUGAAGUUUCAUAUCUUUUUUUAGAUGCUUUUAAAAUGUUCAGAGAAAACAGAUUCCAGCUGCAAUUGUUCUUCAUUUUUUUCCUGGAUUUAUAAGAUAAAUUUAAGCAGAAUUUACUAGGUUUGUUUUACAAUGGUGCAUGUUUGUUUCAGUUUAAACUUAGAUUCUGUUUCCAAGGCUGUCCAAUAUAUAAUGUAUGUAUCACACAGUCAAGUGAUGUAUUAAUACAACCUUUUACCCAGUUUUUGGUUAUUAUCACCAAGUAGCAAGUGCCGAAUGAGUUAAUGAAUAUGUGCUUAAAGCAGCUUUUGACAUUUUUAAGCUAGAGGUGAUGGAUAGUAUAAGUGCCUCUCUUGUUUUUUCAUUGCUGCCUGCCUGAAAUUGAUCAAUGACAUUCUUUGCUAGCAGUGUUGCCUCAGAUGCUAUUUUAAAUUUCAGAUCAAACAUUUUGUGAGCUUUUUCUGGUUAGAUGUGUAGAUUUUGAUUUUCCUAUGCUAGCUCAAGUGUGUGGAACAUGGAUAUUUUUGUAGCUAUUAAUCAUGGAGAUCUCAUUUGAGAUGUUCUGCUCCUGCUUUCUUAUAUUUGAAUUCUUAUACGUACGUUUAAUUAUGUGCACUGUCAAGGCUUCCUUAUAGGAAAGCUGCCAGUUAAAGUUAAAACUGAAAUGCACUAUUCUUUUUUAAGAAGCAGGAAUUUGACUUAAACUGCUACUAUAUGCUAAAAACACUGAUGGAUACAAAAUGUUCCCAAUGCUUAUAUUCAGUAUAUAUUUCAUUAGUUCCUCCAAGUAUGUUUAUCAGAAAUGAUGCAAGAAGAUCCCAUUUUUCAUAACUGGUUCUUGAAAAGAUCUGUGUUUUUAUGAGUUUUGAAGUACACAUCCAGCUUUUAGUGUCACCAGAAAAUCAGUCUUUUGCUUCAGCGAUCAGGAUUCAUCAAUCACUUGUUCCAUAUAUUCAAGGAGAUUUUGGACUUUCCUUAAGCAACAGUAUCGCAUAUUAGAUGGCAGUGAUUUUUUAAAACCAAGGGAUGUUUUCCAAAGUAAUUUUGUAUGUGAAAAAAGUUUCUAAUGCAGUUUUGUGUGUGUGUGUGUGUGUGUGGUGGAUGAAAAUACUGCUGGACACAUACAAACUUUUUGGUGUGAUAAAAGUAAUUAUUAUUUGAUUAAGAAACAUCAUAAAUGAGAGCUAAAAUGAACCUGUAAUUUUAGAAAAAUAAACUGCAUUUUGGGGUCCUGUUUUGAAAUGAGUUUUUCUGAAGUUGUUUUGUUAAUGUAAUUUAAUGUUGUGUAAAAAAUAGCUUUUUGCAACAUAUUGUAAAAUGUUGUAAAAUCAUUUUUUCUAUUGUUAAAUCAGUUAAAUAGUCCAGUGUCGUAAAAUGAAUAUUCAGUAUGCAUUGUGGCUUAUUUUUAGAAAAUGUAAAAAAUCUUUCUAUAUUGGCAGAUACAUCAGUGGAAAUAUAAAUUUGAUGUCCAAAUUAGUUUUUUUUUGACCAGAAUUAGUUUAUUCUUUAAAGAUCAACCUUAAUUCAUGGUAGUGAGUGGUCUCUCGAAACAUGCUAAGGUGUUUUUGUUUUUAAAUAAAGCAAUUGUUAAUAUUCACUGUUAUAUAGUAUAAAAGAAUGACACUGCAAUAGUAAUAGCUUGUUUUUGAUGAGAUGGCAAUUAAAAUUAUAACCGAAAAUGCGGUAGUAGUGGGUAAUAAGAACCCAUCUGGGAAUGUGGAUUAUUAUUAUUUCCCAGUGGUCUAAUACAUUUGGUUUAAAUAUCUUUACUGCUUGACAAGACCUAUCGAAGAUUUGAGGCAAUGGACACUGCAGAUUUUUGCAAUCAUUCAUUCUUGUUGUUUUACCAUUUUUAAUAGCAAGAAACUUUGGUCCUGACCAAAGUGAGGAACAAUGGGGUUGGUUAGCAAAGUAUUUCUUCUAUUAUAUGUUAGAGGCUAGAUUUUUCCCCCAUUUAUAUAUUUAAAAUAAACCAAAAUUGUCUUUGAAAUAUAAUCAGAUGCCAAGUAUCUAAUGUGUAUGGUUUUGUAUGUUCACCAAGAUAAUUUGUAUUUUGAAAAGAAACAACUUACAAGAAUGGGACUUGUAACAAAUAAUUUGAAAUACUAUGUUUCUGAACUGCAAGACUGUAGUAUGUUGCUUGGACUUAAUAUAACUGACAUAUUGCAUAGAAGCUGCAACUAACAUUUACAUAUAUUAACAUAUAUUAAAUGACAGCAGUAUUUAAAUUGUAAACCAUCCUUCUCAAGCAUCUUGCCUUAAACAGGGAGUUUCAAUGAAUUUAGGUUGCAUUACCAUCAGGGUCUUUAUUACUUCCUGGAUCUUCUUAUAUGUUUUCCAUUUAUAUUUUUUAAAUAAAUCAAAAUUGUGUUUAAAAUAUAAUCAGAUGCCAAGUAUCUAAUGUAUAUGGUUUUGUGUGUUCACCAAGAUGUAUUUUGAAAAGAAACAACUAUAAUACUGCUACAUUUAGCUGAACUUGCUCAGAAAUUUCCUGGAUUAUUUUUUGGAUAACUAACUUAUUCUUGAUUGCAGGAUGCCUUCCUGCUCAACAGGAAGAUAGCAUAUUUUGCAAUAAAGAUAUACAAUAGAA